CCAAGAAGCAACUCUGUGCUACAGUGUCAGUCUGAAGCCUCACUCAUUGGAAAGAGAACGUAUUUACUGUUGAAUCGAGAUUACGGUGCUGCAGCUGCGAUCAUGGUUGCAUCGGAUUAUCUCCUUCAUAUUUUGCUACUCGCAUUCAUAUCUACAACAUGUGGAGUACGUUACAGUUGCGAGAACGCACCUGAAGAGGAUUUGUACUGUUUUGUAUCGAGUGUCACAGCCGAAACACAUUCUUGCAGGACGGAAUUCCCUGAACAAACUUCCAUACAACUACAGUUUGCUCAUUUGGAAGAACUCUCUGCGCGAAUGAUGUACCGUAUGCCAAAUGUAGAGCGAUUGGAUAUUUUCAAUAGUUAUGUUAGAAACGCCUUCUUGAAACCAGAGCUGAAGUACUUCAGAGUGUCUCGAUGUCAGCUGAAUGAGAUCCAAAUCGAUACAGCAGAAAAGUAUCAAUUGACUGAGCUUCAUUUACCAGAGAACGAGCUGACCAGCAUUCCAAAAGGUCUCAAUCACCUAACCAAUUUGACAUUGAUCGAUUUAUCAAACAACCAUCUUUCAUAUUUGGAUAUGAAACAGUUCAAUGGUUUGGACCAGCUGACAAUCCUGGGUUUGAGCUAUAACAGCAUAAAAGUUGUAUUCGCAACUGGACUCGUUCAACUACCAUCACUGUUGUUUCUCAAUCUCGCUCAUAACAACAUCAACACAAUGGACAUUUCUCGAUGGAAUUUUUCCAGCUUACAAGAACUCGACGUAUCUACCAACAGCUUAGAACGGAUUGACAAUCUGCUGGAGCAGCUACCUUCGCUGGGCAAUAUUAAUUUCGGUGGUAAUCAAUGGAACUGCGCUUGGAGAGAUGAUUUCCUCGAAAAAGCAGAAGGAAGUCUUCAAAUGAUAGGACUCGUCAUGUGUCAGUUGACGGUUGACAUUCACGGAUUAGCUCAAAAGGCUAGACAAGAACAAUCCGUCAAGAAAGCUCUGGCCGAAAACAUUUCUAAUGUAGUGAAAAACCUUACCACAAACGAAAUGGACUUGGGCGAUAUCGUGGAAGACGUUUUCUGUAGAAUCAUCCAAGGCGAAUAAAGUAUGAAUUGGAUUUUCUCCGUUAACAAUCAUAA